AUAUCAAUUUUUUSUUUUGACGCUUUAACAUAACCUUAAAUGUCAUCGACUUGUUUUCAAAUAAAUGUUUUCAGCACAAAUCAAUUUCUUUAGGUAGAUUUAUCAUAAYAGUAUGACUGCGUCAUUGCUUCUAGUAGCGACGAUACUCAGUUUCUUAGCGUCACAUUCUUCUCGAUUUAGCAACUUGCUUAGAAAAUGGACUAACCGAUUAUCCUCUGAAGGCAAACAACUGCAAAAAGAGAAACAGACGUUAAAAGAUGAACAACUGAAAUAUAACAUGGUCGACGAUUUUGCUAAAUAUUCAAAAAUCCAAAGGAAAAUCAAUGCCAUAGACGAAAAACUGAAAGCAUGUAACAGCAAUCAGGACUCCAUUUGGUGGCAAUUGGCCUCAGCUUAUGUGCCCCAAGUCAUCUGCACCCUCAUUCUAAUGUUCCUAAGUAUGUACUACAGAUCUACCCCUUUAUUUCGACUUCCAGAUUAUAUUGAUUUGACUCCUUUUAACUAUAUUAUUUCUUAUCCAAAUGAAAGGAAUAGUGUGUCCUUCCAUUUUUGGGUAAUGGGCUGUAACAUUAUAGCUAGGUCUUUGAAGAAGUGAUAAAAUUUGUAUAUAUUUUUCUUAUUACUUUGAAUGUAGGUAUAUAGUGUAGGACUAACUAGAACGUGACAAUACCUGUGAAUUAUUUAUGAGUUACAAGAGUUCACGUCUUUGGGACACUUUUGUUAAUUUAUUUAAAAGUUUAUAAUGUUUUGAAUUCUUACAAAUGAGAAUACAUUGGAAAAGUACAUGAAGGGGUACUUUUGGCAUUUAUGUGAAUUUUGAAUUUAAACUGUAAAAGUUCGUGUUUUUAAUGAUGCUAGCAGAGGAAAUGAUUCUCAAAUCAUGCCUUUGUUAUUUGGAUGUGCAUUUUCAAACAACAUAUCAAGAUGAAGAGGAUUAAAAUGCCACAAAGGUGGAGCAAACGACUGAUUAGGGAGGUUCGGCCUAGAUAAGUCUAAUGAUCGGACAUGUUUAUCUUUGGCUGGGAAAGCUGCUGCGUUUACGGCGAUCAUCCAAUCAAGUUGGAACCAGAGUGACCAGACUGAGAAAUGGCGAUGUCUCCAACUACCGGACAAAUUUCGCCAAAAAUUUCCGGUUCUGGCGCCAAGUAAAUUCAAACGGGGGGGUAAACCAAUAAAAACAAAGCGGAACGGUUUAAAAUAAACAAGAACUUUAGUUUUUCUAACCAGUUGGAUUGAGAUUAUGUGUUUACUUGUGUGUCUAAAAUAUAUUAAUGAGAAAAAUAUAUAUUUUUUAAAUCCA